CCCUUUAAUGAUCCCCGACAGCAGCGCCGGCUCUGGCCAAUACAGCAGCCAGAUGGGCUUGAAUCGUCGGGAGGCGAGCAAAGCUUCAGUCGGGUCUGGAGCGGAGGGGCAGAAAAUAGUUUAGUUUGUGUGCCUGUGAAGGAGACGGGGCGAGGGAGCCGCGCGAAUAGAGUGGCUGGGCUGAAAGUCCGCCGGGAGAACUCCCCCCUUUUCUUUUUCUCCAGGGCUUUUCUCCUUCCUUCGUGCACUGGACGGCGAGUCGAAUGAGGGGGCGGCCACCCCAGUCAUUUCGAGCGGCAACUUUCCAACCGAAUGACUCGCUGCCCUGAUCUCUAAAGAGGAAACUAUCUCAUGCCGGGUGAAUGAUGGGCUAAAAGAAAAGAGAGAGAUCGCAGUGGAUCCUAAAGGAGCCAGAUCGCCAGCUCUUAAUGUGGUAAACACCUUCCCUCUCCCCGCUGUGUUCUGGCCACAUCCGUCUCUCCUUCCUUACCAUGAGCAAGAAACCGAAGAAAGAAUGAGAGGGGCAUAUCCAGCCCGAAUCGGAGCCGCUUAUGACUGAGUGCGAGGAAGUGUGGCCGAGAGGCUGAAGCAUGAAUCCAGGCAGGGAGUGAGGAAGAUGGAAAGCCCCCUUCACUGUGAGCCUGGGGACUCUGCUAUGGAUGCCAGCAAGGGACUCUUCCUCCUCCUCCUCUACCUUUGUUUAGGCAUCCCUCAGACUUCCCAGCAAGUGCUAAGGAUCGGAGGGAUAUUUGAAACUGUGGAAAAUGAGCCCAUUAAUGUUGAAGAAUUAGCUUUCAAGUUUGCAGUCACCAAUAUUAACAGAAACAGAACACUGAUGCCUAAUACCACAUUAACUUACGACAUCCAGAGAAUUAACCUUUUUGAUAGUUUUGAAGCCUCAAGACGAGCAUGUGAUCAGCUUGCUCUUGGGGUAGCUGCACUGUUUGGACCAUCUCAUAGCUCAUCAGUCAGUGCGGUACAAUCAAUUUGUAAUGCACUUGAAGUUCCACAUAUACAGACCCGAUGGAAACAUCCUACAGUGGAUAACAAAGAUUCAUUUUAUAUCAACCUCUACCCAGACUAUGCAGCCAUCAGCAAGGCAGUUUUGGACCUGGUGCUAUAUUACAACUGGAAGAUAGUAACAGUCGUAUAUGAAGACAGUACAGGCCUAAUUCGCCUGCAAGAACUCAUCAAAGCCCCUUCUAGGUACAACAUCAAAAUCAAAAUCCGCCAGCUGCCUGCUGGGAAUAAAGAUGCUCGGCCCCUACUCAAGGAGAUGAAGAAGGGCAAAGAAUUCUAUGUGAUAUUUGAUUGCUCACAUGAAACAGCAGCAGAAAUCCUUAAACAGAUUCUCUCCAUGGGAAUGAUGACUGAGUACUAUCAUUACUUUUUUACUACCCUGGAUUUAUUUGCACUUGACCUGGAACCCUACAGAUAUAGUGGAGUCAACAUGACUGGUUUCCGUCUACUCAACAUUGACAAUCCCCAAGUGGCAUCAGUUAUUGAGAAGUGGUCCAUGGAACGGCUGCAGGCACCACCCAAACCAGAGACUGGUCUCCUAGAUGGCAUGAUGACAACAGAAGCAGCUCUGAUGUAUGAUGCUGUUUACAUGGUAGCAGUGGCUUCUCAGCGUGCCUCCCAAAUGACUGUUAGUUCCCUGCAGUGUCACAGACAUAAGCCAUGGCGUUUUGGACCCAGAUUUAUGAACCUGAUAAAAGAGGCUAGAUGGGAUGGUUUGACAGGGCGUAUCACCUUCAACAAAACAGAUGGCUUAAGAAAGGAUUUUGAUUUGGACAUUAUUAGCCUCAAGGAGGAAGGAACAGAAAAGGCUGCUGGUGAAGUUACUAAUCAUUUAUAUAAAGUAUGGAAGAAGAUUGGGGUUUGGAACUCAAACAGUGGCCUUAAUAUGACAGACAGCAAUAAAGACAGAUCUACCAAUAUUACUGAUUCGCUGGCAAACCGAACACUCAUAGUCACCACUAUUUUGGAAGAUCCCUAUGUCAUGUACAAGAAAUCUGAUAAACCCCUUUAUGGAAAUGACAGAUUUGAAGGUUACUGUCUGGAUUUGUUGAAGGAGUUAUCAAAUAUUUUAGGCUUCAUUUAUGAAGUGAAAUUAGUGUCUGAUGGUAAAUACGGAGCCCAGAAUGACAAAGGAGAAUGGAAUGGGAUGGUCAAAGAACUCAUAGAUCACAAAGCUGACCUGGCAGUUGCUCCUCUUACAAUUACCUAUGUAAGAGAGAAAGUAAUUGACUUUUCAAAGCCCUUCAUGACACUGGGAAUCAGUAUUUUGUACCGGAAGCCCAACGGCACAAACCCUGGUGUUUUCUCCUUUCUAAACCCUCUUUCUCCUGAUAUUUGGAUGUAUGUCCUCCUAGCCUGUCUUGGAGUUAGUUGUGUGCUCUUUGUAAUUGCAAGGUUUACACCCUAUGAAUGGUAUAACCCCCACCCGUGCAAUCCUGACUCAGAUGUGGUGGAAAACAAUUUUACUUUACUUAAUAGUUUCUGGUUUGGAGUUGGAGCUCUCAUGCAGCAAGGAUCAGAAUUGAUGCCAAAAGCUCUUUCCACCAGAAUAGUUGGAGGAAUAUGGUGGUUUUUCACCUUAAUCAUAAUCUCAUCCUACACUGCUAAUUUGGCUGCCUUCUUAACUGUUGAGAGAAUGGAGUCUCCUAUUGAUUCAGCAGAUGACUUGGCAAAGCAAACCAAGAUAGAGUAUGGCGCUGUUAGAGAUGGAUCAACAAUGACCUUUUUCAAGAAAUCCAAAAUAUCAACAUAUGAGAAAAUGUGGGCAUUUAUGAGCAGCAGGCAGCAGACAGCACUGGUGAAGAACAAUGAUGAGGGAAUCCAGCGAGUGCUCACCACUGACUAUGCCCUCCUUAUGGAAUCUACCAGUAUAGAAUAUGUCACCCAGAGAAACUGCAAUCUUACCCAGAUUGGUGGACUCAUUGAUUCCAAAGGUUAUGGUGUGGGGACUCCUAUUGGUUCUCCUUACCGAGACAAAAUUACCAUUGCCAUUCUUCAGUUACAAGAGGAAGGAAAACUGCACAUGAUGAAAGAAAAGUGGUGGCGAGGCAACGGCUGCCCUGAAGAAGACAGCAAAGAGGCCAGUGCCCUUGGUGUGGAGAACAUUGGGGGCAUCUUCAUAGUGCUUGCAGCAGGACUGGUUCUUUCUGUCUUUGUUGCAAUCGGGGAAUUCAUUUACAAGUCAAGGAAAAACAGUGACAUUGAACAGGCCUUUUGUUUCUUUUAUGGACUACAGUGCAAGCAAACUCAUCCAUCCAACUCCACUUCUGGAACUACUUUAUCUACGGAGUUAGACUGUGGCAAAUUAAUUCGUGAAGAGCGAGGGAUUCGAACACAACCCUCAAUUCACACUGUAUAGUUACAGUAAAGCAAAGUGUCUUUCUUUCAAUGCCAUAAUGGAGGAACUUGGAAUUUCCCUCAAACACCAGAAAAAAUUAAAGAAAAAGUCAAGAACUAAAGGGCGGUCAUCAUUCACAAGUAUCCUUACCUGUCAUCAAAGGCGGACACUGAGGAAAGAAACCAUGGCUUGAAUGAACACAGCUGUCUAGAUAUCUGGAGUAAAAGACAAAGGAUGUUU